CACAAAUACACGACAGGAAUUUCAGAACUUCAAAAUGAGGUUAAUUAUUAGACAUCAGUUAGGAAAAUAAGCUGCAUUUAAAAGACUAUAAAAUAAAUUCGAAUAUGAGUACCAGAAGUGACAGAUACCUAUUAGUUGCAGCAUUAGAUUUUGGGACAACGUAUUCGGGAUAUGCAUAUGCCCUGCGAGGAGAUUUUAAAACAGAGCCAUUAAAAAUUCAAGCCAACCAAGCAUGGAAUUCUGGUUCCUCUCAGCACUGGUCUCUGAAGACACCAACGUGUCUACUUCUUGACAAAAAUAAGGAGUUUAAGUCUUUUGGUUAUGAUGCUGAAAAUACAUACACAGAUCUCGUUUUAGAUGAGGAACAAAGCGAUUACUACUUUUUUAACAGAUUUAAAAUGAAGCUGCACAAGAACAAACAUUUGUCUACCAAAAUGAUCCUUGAGGACGUAACAGGAAAAUCCGUGUCAGCAAUAAAUGUGUUUGCUUUGUCAAUCAAAGCUUUAGUUGACCAUUUAUUGGAAUUACUAGAUAAACGGGGAACAGGAAUGUCUAGGGAUGAUGUAAGAUGGGUUUUGACACUACCAGCAAUAUGGACAGACUCAGCCAAACAGUUUAUGAGAACGGCCGCUACUAAGGCUGGAAUUCCUGAUCAAAACCUUUUCAUUGCGUUAGAGCCUGAGGCUGCGUCUAUCUACUGCCAGCAUCUCCCAACGGAAAAACUACAUGGAGCAGAGGCAGGUUUUCACAUGUCACGGGCUGGUACCAGAUAUAUGAUUGUUGACCUUGGAGGUGGAACAGCAGACAUAACGUUGCAUGAAAAACUACCAGAUGGUCAACUGAAAGAAAUUUGCAGAGCAGAUGGCAAUGACUGUGGUGGCACAUCAGUUGACAAUGCAUUUUUUCAAUUAUUUGUUAAGAUUGUUGGGGCUCCUCUUAUGAAUACUAUGAAACAGGAAGAACCGGGUGCUUUCUUAGAUAUUUUUAGGGCAUUUGAAAAUGUCAAAAGAACAAUAGAUACCACAAAAACAGGAAAAGUCAAUGUAACAUUCCCUUUUGCAACGUUUGACUCUCUUUGUCAAAAACACUUAUCCGAAAGUUUUGAUUCAGCGUUAGCAUCAUCUAAAUAUAAAAAAGAGAUUAUGCGUCGUGGUGACAAAAUUAGAUUUGAGGUAGAUUUAAUGAAAUCUUUAUUUGCCCCAACUAUCGAUGGCAUCAUUUCUCUUGUGAAGUCCGUACUGGAGAAGAGAGAAGCUCGCAUGACAUCACUUAUAAUAAUGGUGGGUGGAUUCUCGGAAUGUCGCCUUAUACAAGCUGAACUGAGAAAACAGUUCCCUAAACAUAGAAUCAUCGUUCCGGAACAAGCUGAUUUGGCAGUUCUUAAAGGCGCAGUUUUGUUCGGUCAAAAUCCUUCAGCAAUUGAAUCAAGAGUUAUCAAGACGACAUAUGGAGUGGCGAUGACUGCAAAGUUUAAUCCAACAAAACACGACGAGAAACACAAAUCAGUUAUAGCCGGCGUCGAAAAAACUCGAAACUUGUUUGAUGUUAUAAUGAAGGAAAAUUCGUCCGUUCCAGUUGGGACUAAAAUUACCAAAUCAUAUAGCACUACAAUGGAAAAGCAAAAUGAAAUAAAGUUGUCUGUCUAUACAACAAAUAAUACUAAUCCAAAAUAUGUAGAUGAAAAAGGAUGUUACCUUCUUGGAGAAAUUGUAACGGCAAUUGAAGAUCCUUCCGACGAGAAAAGAUGGUUUGACAUAGAGUUUGAGUUUGGUAAAACCGAAGUUAGUGCUGUAGCUAAGGAUAAAAAGUCGCGACAGCUCUGCAAAGCAACAUUUAAAAUAGCAUAAAUUAAUUUUCGAACUGA